AUGAACGUACUAAGAAAUAUCCAUCAUGUUAUUUUGCUCUCUAGAGAGGAGAAAAAAUACAAAUACAUUCAUGUGAACCUAAGUGAGGAAGCACAGUCAUCUGGAGGGAAAAAAAAAUCAAGUCCGAACACUGAGCAAAACCAACCUCCUCGUCUGCCUCUCUGCGGAAAUCCUGGCAACCCAGUGUUCUCCUGUAUGCUGGAUGCCGAAACACUCAUGAUCAAUGGUUCUUUGAAAAAGCCUCAGGUUUUACUGUUUAAAACAACUUCAAGUGAAUAUGGUGCUAUAUCGCCUGUCUCACAGAUGGUAGCCCGUACUUACCACCCAGUGGAUCAAACCUUUUCAAAACACUUACUCACUUGUGGGUCACUUGAAGAUAGUUAUUUAAACACUGCCAUUGACAGAAGUAGGGUAUAUGACCACCCCAAUUUACAGCAUACUCUGUAA